UGUUUACGCGUGUAAUCGAUUCAAAUGUGAAUAUGGCAUAUGUGGUUUUAAUUAAAUUUUUGUAAUGAACAACGUUAUCGGUGAUUUAAUUGGUGGUGCUGGACGUUAUCGUCCUAUUCGACGUAACGCAGAACCAGUUAACCACUUUGAAAUUCUCCCAGAAAUACAAUUCAGGGAACGAUACCGUUUGUCAAAAAGAGCAUUCCUCCACGUGCUCCGGAGAAUAGAGCAUGGUCUGAGAAGACCUCUUCGAAGAAAUCACAGGAUCACUUCGAGUAUUCAGUUAUUAGUGGCUCUACGUUUUUUUGCUACUGGUUCAUAUUUGAUUACUGUGGGAGACACAAUGAGCAUAAGUAAAUCAGCAACCUGGGAAAUUGUCCAUCGAGUAGCUCCACUUAUAGCAGCCUUGAGCCCUGACUACAUCAAAUUCCCAUCAACUCCAGAAGCACAAAGGCAAGCUCAGGCUGAGCUGUUUGCCAGAUCUGCAAUCCCCAAUGCAGUAGGCUGCGUUGAUGGUAGACAAGUUCGACACCAAAGUUAUGGUGGCGAAAAUGGUGAGCUGUACCGCAACCGACAUGGCUGGUUCUCUAUAAAUGUCCAAGGAAUCUGCAAUGCAAGAUUAGAGUUCACGAAUUUUGUGGCUCGUUGGCCCGGUGCCACACACGACACGAGGGUAUUUCGUCACUCGAGAAUUUGUCAUUUGCUUUAUCAAGGGGUGUACAGAGAUGCUCUUCUCCUCGGGGAUUCUGGCUAUCCUGAUCUCCCUUUCCUGAUGACACCCCUAAGGAAUCCUCAAACAGCUGCCGAGCAUCUGUACAAUGAAGCUCAAAUUCGCACACGCAACUGUAUUGAGCGCUGCUUUGAGGUAUGGGCCAGAAGGUUUACGGUGGUGGAGAUAGGGUCGCGAUUCCAUACUCCUGAGAGAACUGUGGCCGUAAUUAUUGCUACUGCUGCACUACACAACAUUUCCCUAUGGUUUCGUCCUUUUCGCCGACGAGAAGUCGAUGUGGAGGCAUACAAUGCAAUUCAUGAAAACAUUGCACUAGGUCACGGCAAUACCAUACGACAACAGCUGGUGACCGGGUAUUUUGAACAGCUCAUUUGAAUACAUAGGUCCAUGUCUCAAACUAAAGGCGAUUGUGGAAGACAAUAUGGAGAACAAAUUGAGAAGAAUGAAUUAAACUUCGAAUGCACCGAAAUCAUAGAAAAAUUCUCCCUUAAUUAACGCUGUGAUGAAUUAGAAAGUAUAAGCAUAUAUUUUUUGUAAUACUCAGGGCUGUCUCCUAAAUUAAAACAAUUAAAUAUGUA